UCUGUGCCUCCCUAGGCCACCCGGACCUCCCGCAAGGCCAUCGCCUUUGGCAAACGCUCACACUCCAUGAAGCGGAACCCCAAUGCACCUGUCACCAAGGCAGGCUGGCUCUUCAAACAGGCCAGCUCCGGGGUGAAGCAGUGGAACAAGCGCUGGUUCGUCCUGGUGGAUCGCUGCCUCUUCUACUAUAAAGAUGAGAAGGAGGAGAACAUCCUGGGCAGCAUCCCCCUCCUGAGCUUCCGGGUGGCCGCAGUGCAGCCCUCAGACAACAUCAGCCGAAAGCACACCUUUAAGGUGACUGUGUGCUGGGUGGACGAGGCCGGGGCCGGUUCCACGUACUGCCUCCCCCCACAGGCCGAGCAUGCUGGGGUCCGCACCUACUUCUUCAGUGCUGAGAGCCCCGAGGAGCAGGAGGCCUGGAUCCAGGCCAUGGGGGAGGCUGCCCGAGUACAGAUCCCCCCAGCCCAGAAGUCUGUACCCCAAGCUGUGCGUCACAAUCUCCCACCCCCCACCAAACUCCAUGCUGGGCUGCAGUCACUUACAACGUCUCCCUUGGCACCCUGCAGCCAUGAGAAACCAGAUUCAGAGAAUAUCCCACCCAGCAAACACCACCACCAGCCACCGCACAACAGUCUCCCCAAGCCUGAGCCAGAGGCCAAGACUCGAGGGGAGGGUGAUGGCCGAGGCUGUGAGAAGGCAGAGAGGAGGCCAGAGAGGCCUGAAGUCCAGAGUGAGCCUCUGGUGAAAGCCAAUGGCAUCCAAGCUGGGCUGGAACCAGUCUCAGAACCCGGCAGCCCUUACCCAGAGGGCCCAAGGGUCCCACGGGGCGGGGAACGGCCCAGCCAGCCCAACGGCUGGCAGUAUAGCUCCCCAAGCCGGCCAGGGAGCACAGCUUUCCAGCCUCAGGACUCAGAGAGUGGGGAACACCGGCGGAGCUUAUCCUCACACGCCAACCCUGACAAGAUCGCCCAGCGCAAGAGCUCCAUGAACCAGCUUCAGCAGUGGGUAAACCUGCGCCGGGGGGUGCCCCCACCUGAAGACCUUCGGAGUCCCUCUAGGUUCUACCCUGUGUCCCGCAGGGCCCCCGAGUACUAUGGCCCCUACUCCUCCCAGUACCCUGAUGAUUACCAGUAUUACCCACAAGGGGUGCGGCCGGACAGCAUCUGCUCCAUGCCCGCCUACGAUCGGAUCAGCCCGCCCUGGGCUCUGGAGGACAAGCGCCACUCCUUCCGCAAUGGGGGAGGGUGGAAGGAGCCUGCUGGCUAUGGGCGGCAGGAUGGCACUGUUUGGAUCCCCAGUCCCUCCCGGCAGCCGGUUUAUUAUGAUGAGCUGGAUGCCACCUCUGGCUCCCUGCGCCGCCUGUCCUUGCAGCCCCGGUCCCACUCUGUGCCCCGCUCGCCCAGCCAGGGCACCUACAGCCGUGCCCGCAUUUACUCCCCGGUCCGUUCACCCAGUGCCCGUUUUGAGCGGCUGCCACCUCGCAGUGAGGACAUCUCUGCUGACCCAGCUGCCUAUGUAAUGAGGCGAUCCUUCAGUUCUCCCAAGUAUGAUUACCUGGGAGACAGGCGGCCAGUCCCUGCAGGACUGUUCCCCUACAACUACCCACCACCCCCCACGGUCCACGAUAAGAUGGAUGAACUUUUAGACCUUCAGUUGCAAAGAAACCUAGAGUAUUUGGAUCAGCAGAUGAGUGAGAGUGAGACUCUCAUCAGUAUGGUGAACCGCAUGGUGGAGAGCUCCUCCCCCAGAGCUCAACUCUUCAUGCAAGUCCCUCCGUACUCAGAAGUGUUCCGGGACAGCCUCCACACCUACAAGUUAAACGAGCAAGAUACAGAUAAGCUGCUGGGCAAAUUGUGUGAGCAGAACAAGGUGGUGAGGGAGCAGGACCGGCUGGUACAGCAGCUCCGAGCUGAGAAGGAAAGCCUGGAAAGUGCCUUGAUGGGGACCCACCAGGAACUCGAGAUGUUUGGAAACCAGCCCACCUACCCAGAGAAACUGUUGCACAAGAAGGAGUCGCUGCAGAACCAGCUCAUCAAUAUCCGGGUGGAGCUGUCUCAGGCCACCACGGCUUUGACGAACAGCACCAUGGAGUAUGAGAACCUUGAGUCAGAGGUCUCUGCCCUUCAUGACGACCUCUGGGAGCAGCUCAAUUUAGACAUCCAGAAUGAGGUACUCACCCGGCAAAUCCAGAAGGAGAUCUGGAGGGUCCAGGACGUGAUGGAGGGGCUCCGGAAAAGUAACCCAUCCCGGGGCACAGACACAGCCAAGCACAGAGGAGGACUUGGCCCCUCGGCCACCUACAGCUCCAACAGCCCUGCCAGCCCUCUCAGCUCCGCCAGCCUCACCAGCCCCCUGAGCCCUUUUUCACUGGUGUCUGGCUCUCAGGGGUCCCCCACCAAACCUGGGUCCAAUGAGGAGCCUGGCCCACCACGGCCUCCCCUCCCCAAAGCCUACGUCCCCCUGGAGUCUCCUCCCACCGUGCCUCCACUCCCUAACGAGAGCCGCUUCUGGCCAUACCCCAACUCCCCUUCCUGGCACCGCAGUGGCGAGACAGCCAGGGGUCAGCCUAAGGCAAGCUGUGAGCAAAGCAAGAGAGAGCCCCACCAGACAUCACCCCUGGACACCUCUAGAGACACCAGCCUUGUGCCCACCAGGCAAGAGGUGGAGGCGGAGAAGCAGGCAGCCCUUAACAAAGUUGGCAUUGUGCCCCCGCGGACAAAGUCACCCACCGAUGAAGAGGUGACCUCAUCAGGGGUAGUGAGGAGGAAUGCCAAUGGGCUCACCAACGGACUCUCCUCCAGACAGGAGCGCCCCAAGAGUGCCAUGUUUCCCGGCGAGGGCAAGGUCAAGAUGAGCGUGGAGGAGCAGAUUGACCGCAUGCGGAGGCACCAGAGCAGCUCCAUGAAGGAGAAGCGGAGGAGCCUGCAGCUCCCGGCCAGCCCGGCCCCUGACCCCGGACCCCGGCCUGCCUACAAAGUGGUGCGCCGUCACCGCAGCAUCCAUGAAGUGGACAUCUCCAACCUGGAGGCGGCCCUGCGAGCAGAAGAGCCUGGUGGGCAGGCCUAUGAGACGCCACGGGAAGAAAUUGCCCGGCUUCGAAAGAUGGAGCUGGAGCCCCAGCACUACGACAUAGACAUCAAUAAGGAGCUCUCCACCCCAGACAAAGUCCUCAUCCCCGAACGGUACAUUGACCUGGAGCCUGACACUCCCCUGAGCCCCGAGGAGUUGAAGGAGAAGCAGAAGAAGGUGGAGAGGAUCAAGACACUUAUUGCCAAAUCCAGUAUGCAGAACGUGGUACCCGUCGGCGAGGGGGACCUUGUGGACGUGCCCCAGGACUCAGAGAGCCAGCUGCAGGAGCAGGAGAAGCGGAUUGAAAUCUCCUGUGCCCUGGCGACCGAGGCCUCCCGCAGGGGCCGCAUGCUGUCUGUGCAAUGUGCCACCCCAAGCCCUCCCACCUCCCCUGCUUCCCCGACUCCACCAGCCAACCCCCUAUCGUCUGAAUCCCCACGGGGCGUGGACAGCAGCCAUACCAUGCGGGUCUGAGCUCUGACUGCAAGCCCUGGCCGAGGCCAACGCUGUGAAGCUCAACAGAGCCACCUUUUGAAGCCCUCCUCUGCCUGCCUGAGGUCCUGGACCCCAACCUGGCCCCAGCCCCUGUGCUCCCGUGGGAAAGUGGCAAGGAGCCAGGCUGGGGGCCAGGGGUUGCUGCUGAGAGGAGCACGGAUACCUCAGUGUCCACACACCCACCCCAUCAGGCCCUGAAGCCCUCCUUACACAGACAGUGGUCCUAGGCCAGAGCCUGACAUGAUGGGGUGCGGAGCACCCUGUGUGAUGCCCAGGUCACGGGGAGCCUAGGCCUGACUCUGGGUGGGGUUGUGAUGGCCCUACUGGAACAUUUCCCGAUGGAGAAGACACUGUGGUGGAGUAGACGCCCUGGGCUACCGUAGGUUAGGACUACCGGUGAAGAGAAGAUGGACUCUGCCUCUUCCCGCCCUUCUUGACACCAAGGACAGCACCUGCCAUCAUCCCCUUCCCCCGUCACUCCCACCCUUCUGCCCCAGCUGUACCUAGGACUUGACACAUCUCUGCUUAUCGGUGCUCCUUUGGGGUCCAGUGGAGACUGACCACCCUGCUUGAGCCAACCAAAGACAAGAUUGACACCAGAUACGGAGAGGCUCCUUGGCUCCCAGAGGGCACAGUGCUGGCUGUGGAUGGAUAGCGGCAGGUCUCUGCAGUGUCUGAGGGGAGGUUGAGAAGGGGUAGGGGAGAGGAAGGGAGAGUUCCAAGGAAAGCAGGAGGGAGAGAAGCAGCAGGACUCUUUUUGUAAGUAAGAGAACAGAGGUGGAAAGGGGGACGGGAUUGGUUUUCCAAGGUGGAGCCUUAGCUUGGUGCCAAGUACAGUGCCACACUGUCCGUUCUGCCCCUCCCUCUUCAUCCCCAGGGUCAGUGGGCCUGCCGAUGGAAGGGCCCCAGGAGGACCCGCCAGCGAGCACACAGUGGCCUUCAGCUGAGGUGCUUGGCAGGGGGAUAUGGGUUGGGAGUGAGGGGGCUGGGCAGGACAGUCUAGGAGAUAGAUGGUACUUGGUAGAUCUGGGCCUGGUGUGUGCCUCCCCUAGUGGGCUUGGGGGCAGAGAGAAGGACCUGUCUUAGGCAGGGUGUGGUCAGUCUUGGGGCCUCUCCUAGCCACUUUCAUGACAUUUUGUUGUCUCCCUUCCCCCCUGGAAUGUGCUGUGGGCCAGCUGAGAGUAUAUCCAGGCAGUGAGAAUGCAGCCUUACCCUGGGAGGCCAGGUUCUAGGACCCUGCCCUGUUUCCCAAGCAUCCCAGGUGAGGACCAGCGGAGGCCGUGUGAAGGAUUCCCUUGUAGCUUGGCUCUCUCAAUCCACUUACCCAGGGAAGCCAGUCAGGGAGAGACAGAAGCAAACUCAUUCUUCCUUUGCUCCACCUACCUUGAAAUGAAUGUAGCCAGAGAGGGGGGGGGGGGAGACUGCAGCUGAAGAGCCUUGGCCCCUAAGCCUUCUCUUUGCCAGAGUUGUUGCCCCAGACUCCAGCAGCCCCAAGUACAACUAUUUCAUCUUCCACCAGUUCUUCUCCACUCCUUCAUGGUUGGGGCAGUUACUGGUUCAUAGGCAAGAAAAGAUGACAGUUCAUUCAACAAAUAGUUAUCGAGCACCUUUAUGUACCAGGCACUGUUCUAGGUGCUUAGGAUAUUCUCCGGCUCCUAAGGGAUGACAGACUGAGGGGAUUCCACUUGUCUUCACUUCUAACAUGAAGUGGGUCGAGCAGACCCACUUUUUAACAUGACCCUUGGCUACAUUUCCCAUCUUUAGCAUAGCUCGAGCACCCCAAACUUUCCUUUCUCCCCCACAGGCUGGCAGGUGGGGUUGGCUCCCAGGAACCCUCUUCAUCUUUCCCCACACCUUUCUCCAUCCACAAGACACAGAUUUUUCGGGGCCUUCCAUGCCUUCCCCUUCCUUUGUCCUUUUUUUUAAGUGAUAUUUUUAGAAAUACAUGUAAAAUACCAAGGAUUAAUGUCUGCACCUCUCUCUCACCUCUUAUUUCAUAAAGCUGGCCCUUUAUGUUGCUUUACAUGCCUUAAUAUAUGUUUUAUGAAGAUUAUACAUAUUAUAGAUAUAUAUAUGUAAUAUAUAUAUUUGUUUGGAUGUCCAAUCCUUCCCUAGAACUCCUGCCCAGGCCCGUUGUGUCUCCUUUACUUUCCACACCGUUCCUAGCAUGUUACGGCUGUACCCCAUGCCUUUUGAUCCAAAGAAGGGGAGAGAAAGACUUAUUUUAAGAUAGAUCUAUUUUACGCUUUUGUUAUAAAAGCAAAUCUAUUUUCAAAAUGUGCAAUGUCUGAAUGGAAUUGGCGAGCGAUAUGAGGAGACUGGGGUGGCUGCCUCUAGAUCCAACCCUUCACCCCUUCCCUCUUCCCCAGUCUGCAGAGGGUUGGUCCCCAAAGCUCGCCAGGGAGCAUUCUCUUAGAAGUCCUGGCCAAAGGAUUUGAUUACACUGUCAACUCUUGAUGACCCUCUAGGGUGAUCGGAUAGGAAUCCUCUGUGAACAUUUGUGCACAAAGGUGCACCCAUGCAGGCAUCUCCCCCGCCCGCGCCAGGCAUGUUCCUGAACCACCUCCUUUCAUCACCCUGCUGAAAAGGGCAGACAGUUUAAUGGCAGCCUGUGCCAAACAGCACCAAGAUUGUCAGUGUGUUCCUUGAUGGACCCAGGAUACGGUGCAAAUGCCAAAGGAAAUGAUUUGGGAUCCCUGGUCCUUCAGCGCAGAUGUGUUCAAGUUCCUUAGACCUCUCAUGCUCCUUUUCAUUUGGACCCUCUCUGGUCUGGGUCAUAUCUAUGACAUCUGCUUCCCCCUAGGGGCUGUUGUUAAGGGCCCUGUACCUCAGACUGGCAUCCACACCGCAAAGUCAGCUUCUGGGCUGAGGACAGCCCCGUGGACAAUGUAGCAUCUCAGCUUUGCCCAUGAAAGCCCUUGGACUUUCCUCCAGCUGGUUGCCACUGGGAUGCCAAACUAAGCCAGCUCAUCUUCCCAAACUGCUUAUCAACUGUUAAAGUGGGUGAGGGGCUCUUGCUCUGCACAGAAUUGGGCAGGAUGGAAGUCUUUUGUCCAGAUAUGAAUUCUGGGGUUUUUGGAAUCGAGCACAGAGCUCCUGGCCAGCAUUGGAAGCCUGACCUCCCAACUUGGCACUCAAUGGCCCCUGUUCCCAGCCUAGAGCAUCUUGCUAUGAAUGAAUGGGGCCCAGGUGGAGGCCCAGGGCUGAGUAACCCACCUGGGGUCAGCCCUGGUUACUAAUCUAAAGCCUUCCCAAUUAGCAUAUUACCUCCCUGAUCAAUAACUAAGAGGCUGCAAUCAAAUAUUGCUACUGUCACUUUAAAGAUUUUCUGAGGUUGCAAGCUGUGCACAUUUGCUCUCCUGCCUUGGUGAGAGGCAUGUUCUUGGGGCAGGACUGACUAUAGCAAGAGGAAACCAAUUCCUUUCCCCUUUAAGAUGACACCCCUCCCCCCGCCCCAACCUGGAAGCUCUUAAAACUAAGGAAAAAUAUGAAAUAUACAUAUAUAUACAUAUAUCUAUUUAUGCACAUACUGGGGCCAAUCUGAUUUGCUAGUAUUAGACAAUAAACCAUACAAGGAAAUGUAUGAUCUCAGUGUCUUUAUUUAGUAUAAAAGUGACCUUAGAAGAAGAGUUAAGGUUAGAUAAACAGAGAGCAUCUCUGUCAGGGGACCAAACAGCUGUAGCAGCCUCUUAGCAUCUUUCUAGCCAGUGAGUCCCCUGCCUAGGGAAGGGGGCAUCCUGACUGAGAGGCAAGAGUUGGGAUCCCCCUCUCAGCAGCAUUCUUUUUAGAUAUAGGUACUGAAGAACCCCCGUGAGCUCUGCAUUUGUAUCUUGCAAGUUUGUAUAAACCCAAUACAGGAAAUAAAAUGGUUUGUAUAAGUGGUGUGUCUCUU